AAGCGCUUGUAAACAGAGCCGGGCCUGGAUGGUCGGUGGUGAAACCUGCCGUCACCGUGUGGCGGGCGGGCUGCUGAAGCCGAACCCCAGCCAGGAGUAAGCUGCAGGCCCCGCAGGUGAAGGGAGAGAAGCAGCCGGCGGCCAGGAAAUUAAAGAUGGUCAUGGCAUUGCCUUGACAAGCACUUCCUGUUGUCUUUACAGAGGUCUCAUUGAAGGAUAAUCUCAAAGGAAUGUUUGUCUCCCAGUACCUUUGUUGAUGGCUGUUAUCAUCUAGCAGAUGCUUUUAAUGUCCCGGAAGACAUCAACCACCCUUGUGCUUGGCCUGCUCUGGGCAGCUGUAUGAAAGGUCCUUCCAGUUGUUUCCAGAACUCUGUUGCCCAAAGCACCUCUCUUCGUCGGGUGAAUGUUCAUGAAGCCCUUUCCUGAACCAGCCUAGGAGGCUUAGGCCUCUUGGAGCCUGUGACAUGGAAGCUUUGGAAGUGGAUGAUAUCAGCCCAGCCUUGGAAGUUACUGAGGAUUUCUUUAGUACCUUCGAUAGUAAGCUGGAAAAGGCCGUGCAGCAAGCAGAGGUUUACGGAAUUCAGGAAGUCCCUGAACUGGUGGGGCGUGAGGUCCUCAGUAACAUAGACAAUGGUGCUAUCAGAAAUGUCGCCUCCCUGGGCAAGGGAGGCAUGAUCUGGGACCACUGUAAGACCAGGCUCUUAGAAACCAAAGCUCAAAAUGUCUUCCCUGCCAAAGAACAGUUUAUGGUCCAGAAAGGGACAACCCCAGAUAACCUGUCCUGGAUGGAGCAAAAGGAAGCUUCAACCUUUAAUUUUUUCAACAUCUGUCAGCGACGGAGGGACAGACCUCGUUCUGUGAAUGACUUGCUGGAUGAGACCUCUACUUUUAAGCCCGGCCAUGCUCGAUCAAGGUCAGAUAUUACCCAGGUGGACUGGAGGGUGAUCCUUAAAACCACGCCUCUGCAGCAGCAGCAGCAACCGUCUCUUCAGGGCCCUCACUUCACCAGGCCGUCGUUGCUGUUGUCCUCAUCAAACAAGGUAGAAGAUGCUCAAGGAAACAUGGAGCACAAGCAGGCGUUCCCAAACAUCCUGAAGAAGGGUUACCUGGAGAUUCGGAAGGACCAUGACAGUUACUGGCAAAGCUGUUAUGCAGAACUCUCCCCCUACAGCUUAUACUUCUACAGCCUCGACAGCAGUGGGAAUCAAAACCUCUAUGCCACGUACCAGCUGUCCCACUUCCAGAGCAUAUCUGUUCUAGGCAACCUCGAGGCCAGGCUGGUGGAUACUGUUCUGUAUGACAACACUCAGCUGCAGCUAAAGGCAGAGUCGCCCUGGGAGGCUUUGGACUGGGGGCAGAAGCUUUGGGAAGGCGUGCACGCUGCCGCACCUGCUUACGUGGGACGGCCAGAGGAGCUGGCCAACUCGCCGGGGCUCGGUCAUCACGUCGACUGUCCACAGAAUCAUUGUUUACAGAAGAAAUCCAGCGAGCUGCUCGUGCCAUCCCCUGUCUUAGAUAGCCCCAGACAGUACCAGAACAUCCUCAGAUCAGGGAUGCUGUACAGGCUGACUGUCCAAAACAACUGGAAGGCGUUUAUGUUUGUGCUGAGCAGGGCCUACCUGAUGGCUUUUCAGCCUGGGAAGCUGGACGAGGAUCCCCUGCUGAGCUACAACGUGGACGUGUGUCUGGCCGUCCAGAUGGACAACCUGGACGACUGUGACUCUUGCUUUCAAGUCAUUUUCCCCCAAGAUGUCCUCCGCCUCCGUGCUGAGACCCGGCAGAGGGCGCAGGAGUGGAUGGAGGCUCUGAAAACAGCUGCCAAUGCGGCGAGGAGUUCAGAAAAAAACCUGCAAGUCAUGCUGAGGACCAAACCCAAGGAUCAGAUGGGUGGGCACGAGCUCAGGAAGAACAAACGCCAGUCUGUGACCACCAGCUUCCUCAGCAUCCUGACAACUUUGUCUUUGGAACGAGGACUCACUGCUCAGAGUUUCAAAUGUGCAGGAUGCCAGCGAUCCAUAGGCCUUUCCAGCGGGAAAGCCAAGGUGUGCAAUUACAGCGGGUGGUAUUACUGCAGCAGCUGCCACGUGGACGACAGUUUCCUCAUCCCGGCCCGCAUCGUCCACAACUGGGAUACUUCAAAAUAUAAGGUGUCUAAGCAGGCCAAAGAGUUUCUGGAGUACGUGUACGAAGAGCCCCUGAUCGACAUCCAGCAGGAGAACCCCAUGCUGUACGGACACGCCGAGCCGCUGGCCACCGUGGUGCGGCUGCGGCAGCGGCUGAAAUCGCUGCGAGCCUAUUUGUUCAGCUGCCGGGCAGCGGUGGCCGAGGAUCUGCGCCGCAGAAUUUUCCCCAGAGAAUACCUCCUUCAACAGAUCCACCUGUAUUCCCUCGCUGAUCUGCAGCAGGUGAUAGAGGGAAAGCUGGCUCCAUUCUUGGGCAAGGUCAUUAAAUUUGCCACCUCACAUGUGUACAGCUGCAGUCUUUGUAGCCAGAAGGGGUUCAUCUGUGAAAUCUGUAACAAUGGAGAGAUCCUCUACCCUUUUGAAGAUAUUUCAACAAGCAGGUGUGAAAGCUGUGGAGCCGUUUUCCACUCUGAAUGCAAAGAGAAGUCUGUCCCCUGCCCGAGGUGUGUCCGCCGAGAGCUGCAGAUGAAGCAGAAGUCUUUCUGGCGGAGGCUGAACAUGGACGAGAGCCUGGAGGAGGCUUGCAACAUGUUUGAGCUGUCCUACCAGAACACCUGACUCAGCGGGAGCCCAAGGCCGGGCAGUGACCUCUCAACCAUCCAUCAGCCCCAGUGGCUUCCUAACUAGCCAGUUAGACCCCUCUGGGAGCAGAGUACGUCUCAUCCUCAGCUAGAUGUAGAAAUAUAUUUAUAAAUGUACACACACACCCCUAUACGUCCUGUACGUAUGUUCUGUAUAAGUCAUUGUCCUAAAGGUCCACGGACCUUUGUGGCUCAAAAAAUUACCAGUAGCCGAAUUACACUUAGCCAUGAGUCUCAGCUGCUCGCUCCCAAGCAAAACGUGGUUUACACACAAGGCUUUAUGGUUCAGACUUUUGGGGGGGCUCUCAGGGGCCAUUUAUUACACAGGACACAGGAGAAAGCAUUGCCUACAGAACAACAGUGCUUCGAGUUCUUUUUGUGUUAUUUAUUUUUAGCCUUCACAGAGGAUGAAGUAACUGAGGCAAGCACCCAUCAUCAUAUUUCAUAAGAAAGUCUUCGAAACACAGCAAUGACUCCUGGAUCCUUCCAGAACCCAGUGUCCCUGGCUCUCACCUCGGUGUCUCCGCGGAGGCAGGAGUCACCUCAGCUGAGUUUGAUGGCUUGGAAAUCAGGAGUGCGAGCCCCCUGUGAGAGAAAGCACGUGUCCCUAAUUUAUCAGGGGAGCUAGUGCUGGUUUUGAAGUUAAUCUCAGAAAGGGUUUUGCUUGAGAGGACACCUCAGUAACCUACAUGUCGAUCUGUUUGCUGAUACGCAUCCGAUGCCUGCCCAGGGGUGUGGUGCUCCACGGUAUUUGCCAGGCUGGAAACAUGGCUUCCUUUUUUUUUUUUUGGCCCACAGGCUUAGUAGCUUCGUGGCAUGUGGGGUCUUCCUGGAGCAGGGAUCGAACCUAUGCAUUGGCAGGCAGAUUCUUAACCUCUCUGCCACCUAGGAAGCACAAAACAUGGCUUUCUUAAGAGCAGUCUUCCAGGCGUUUCAUGGGUAACAGUUAUGAUUUUUAAUGGUGCUGGCCUGAGGAAGUUGCCUAGGAUUGUUGUUAAAUACAUCAGUUUGUAGACCAGGAGGUCAGAUAUAGAGCACGCACAUUCCAAGAGACGGUCUGCAAUUUCUUUUUGCAGAAUCCGGUGUAGGUGAUUCCCACCUAGUCAUCAUAUUUGUUGUUCAUUGUUCUUCACUGCCCUUUCAUUUUGACUUUUAAUUGGUCCAUGUAACCACUCCAGCUUUCAUAUUUUUUUUGUUUUGAAAAAGCUUGGAACUUCAAAAUAUCAACUUCAGACUAUUAAGAACAUACCAAACUUACAAAUAUAAUUAAUGAAUUGAAUCUAAUAUUAUUUAAAUAAGUAUAUAUAUAUGCAAUUGCCACUAUAAACUGAAGUGAAAAGUGCUAGAAUAAUAUCGUAGGAAUAAGAAGUAGGAUGAAUUGCUUAGGCGUUUGGCAGGGGGGUGUUCUGCCUCUGCAGUGCCCUUCUAAGAGCCAGCGUAGCAGCCACUGUGACCCACAAGGCAGAUAGGAUGGCACUGGAAAUCAUGGCUCCCAUUCCUCCCACCCUCUUUCCAGAACAGAAAAAUAAGCUUAUAUUGAAACAGUUCUCAAUAGGCUGUAUGAGAAGAUUCUGUAUGUUUCCACUGAGCAGAUGCCUUCAAUGCCUUCAUGGUUUAGUAGUUUCACUACGAAUAGAAUCUGGAGAAUCAGUGGCUCACAGAGUCCAUGGGACAUUUAACCCCACUGCUCCUUUCCACCGCACCUGGCUCCCUGCAGAUCCCAACUCAUGAUGCUUCUGUCCAUUUACGCAGACUGUUAGAUGUGAGGAUUUCACCUCACAACCCAUGCCAGUUCCUUUGGCCCCAGACCACACAUUUCAGUGUAAUAGCUCAGCACCAGGCAUGCAUUUCUUUUCUGAUUAUACAGUAGCUGUAACCAAGGCAUGAAACCUUGUUAGAAGGCCAGGACCCCAUUCAUGAGACGGCUUAUGGUGCCUUUCACUCUUAGAAAAACAAGUUGACGCCCCCCAACCCCCACCCCGCUACGUUAUAGAGACGGUUGCACGCAAAAGAAAAAGGGUGGAAAAUCUCAAGCGCUUGGCAAACAGGCAAACAAAUUUGAUCAUCUCCCCUUUCCUCCUCUCUUUCGUGAAAUACAGUAUUUAUAUUUUCCAGCCUCAGAGAAGAUAGCAGAACAUGAUCUUUCACAAGAGAAUUAUAGACCUGCUUAUUAUAAAACAGAUGUGCUCCGAUGGCAAAGUGCCUUUUCCCUCCGCCCGCAGCUCCGUCACUGUAGCUUACUUCUGCCUUCGCCGUAAUUAAUGGAUCUGUGAUUCCGACUGUCAGCAAGGCCGCCCCCAGCACACUGCACUUGAAGACCUGAAGUGCAGGGCCAUCUCCUCCCCUUCUAGCAUGUUCGCUGUAUGUACAGAAUUUCCUGUCCUAUCUCAUAGGCACCCAGGGUCAGACCCGCUGACAGUCAGGGUGACAUUCUGGAUCUUUGUUCUCAAGGCCUUUGCUUUCACCAGGCCCAUUUAGAGGCGCUGCUGAAUAUUGGCAGUCCCUGGAAACUCGUAAGGAGAACUUUCCACCCACAUUGUUUUCUGCUUAUUUUCAAAAGGGAAAAAAAAAAAAAUGAAUGUGCUAUCACCAUCAGCUACCCAGAACUGGACCCGUACCCUAGCUGCUUCUAUUCUGUCUCCUCUUUGUGGAGCCCCGACAGCCUGCCCAGUGCCAGCCACAGGGCUACAUGACACCCUCAGUCACCACCACCCAAAUCUGAUAGGCCAGAGCAGAGCUGGCUUCGGAGUUUGGCCCACCACGAAAAUUCAAAAUUGCCCUCUUCAGCCCAGAAUACCUUAGCGCACAUGAACGCCCUUACUGUUUUCAACGCUAACAGAUUACUUAGUGCACUGUAGGUAAUUGUUCGACUGCUCAGAAACUUGAAACAAAAGCAAAUCUGUGGAUUACCACCUCCUUAGGACCAAGCUAAUAUCUGCUUUCCCUCAUGGUCCGUUUUUCAUCCCAUAUUAAAUAUCAUGCACAUAAAGCACAUGAGAAAAUGGCCAACUAAUCUAGAGCUGGCAGCCAACUCAGGCAAACCUCUUUUCUCUUGAAAGGCCCACUCCCUGGUGUAUCACUUGAGGAAAUCCUUCCUCACAGCGCCAGAAACUCAUGUGUGAGACAGUCCAACCCUGGUGAAAUGUUGGCAUCUCACCCUGCAGUAAAGAAGCCAGUUCCUAAAAUAGACCUCAGUUUGCAUCGCGGCAGGAAGGCCACAAAGUACUUAAAAAGCAGUCAACUGGGAUGGGAGUCAUGUUCUUUCCAGGGCGGCUCUUUCUCGAAGUUGAAAGCUCUUUAUAAGAAAACCACGUAAACGCUCAUCUUCCCCCUUUGCUUCAUUGCCUUUUCAGGGGACUGACUUAUAGUUGUCUUCGUAUUUGUUGUGCUAAAGGGUAAUCUUUUUAGGAGAUUUAAUACUUGAUUAGCUGAGAAGGCAGUCACUUUUGGAUUCUUCUAGAAUAGGCCCCUACGGUAAAGGGAGUAUCGCUAGGACUUGGGAUUUGUGGUUUCCAACCAACCCAGUGGUGUCCUUCAGACUCCCACCGAGGACUGCUGUGAUUUCCUUCUGGCCGCAGUGAUAGCUGAGCUGUUCGUAUGGCUCCAGCUGCUGUAGGCAGCCUUUGCUAAGCUGGAGUGAGUCCCCUUGCAUGGAGUCUGGCAUCUGUUUUUGUCUCUACAUCUGUACACACUGAACACUGACACUGGAUAGUUUCUUCCCAUGCCUUCUCGAAAAACCUUGGCUUCCAACCCCGUGGCUUUGUUCUCUACCCAUGAGCCAGAAAAGGCCUUACAUAAAUCACUACAUCAGGGUAGGACUUGAGUGAGGCCGCAAAUAUUUGGUAACAUUUCUGCAGAGAGGCAUUCAUCUGAGGGAGGCGAGGUACACGCGGCACCUAAUUUAGGGUGAAGCCCAUGCUGCUCUUGUGUUUGGGCAGAAUCCUUCACCCCCACUCAUCUGCCGCACUUGAUUGAAAUAACUGGAUUGUGAAGUAAAGCUUCAACUCCUGAUUCUAAUACUGCCUGGAUUUUAUUAUUUUAUUUUUUGCGUCUCCCAGCAAAAAGCGAUGCAUGCAGUUUUCCCCCUCAUUUCUUGAGUUUUCUGCCUCGAUCCUUUCCUUCCUCUAAGAUAAUGUGAAAAAGUAGAGAAUGGGGGACAAAGCUUAAAGAAGCAAACAUGCCCUUGGUGGCCUGAAUUGAGUCAUCGGAAGCACUGUCCGUUUUCCCUUCCCAGGGCCUUGUUCAUGACCGGGUGUUAACAGCACAGCUCUGUGUUGUGCACCCUGCACCACUCUUCUGCCUUCGGUCUAGGAGAACUAACUGCCCUGCGUAACUACGUGAGCAAGGUGAACAAGCCCUGCUCGGUUCAUCUAAACAGACAAAUGUGAUUUCUAUCAUGUGGGACAGUAUUUCGACAGUUAAGUCCCAGCAGUCCAAGUCAUGGUCAAACUCUAGACAGAAGUCAAAAGAAAAGUGGGAAACACCCUCCCAAGCACACCCACAGUUGUCAGGGCUUUUAUUUUAAAUGGGAUCCAAGUGACGUGAUGGAAGGUGCUGUUAACCUCAAGUGAAAAGACAGCUGCUGUUUGGCUUUGGUUCCUGCCUGUGCAGAGAGAUGCCAUCUUGCUAAAAAGGUCUGGAGCGAAGCCAGUUGUUACCCAUGUAGAAGAUUCAGGCACCUGCAGCAACUGUUAGCACAGCAAGAUUCCCUCCUAGGCCACUGAGCUGCAGCCUAGCCUCUCUGCCCUUCCCUGGAUCUUCCUUGCCCCAGUCCGGAGCCCAGAUUCAGGCCUCAUGGCUGGUAAACUGGCUGGUGGACCACUGGGGCCUGUGGCUUCCGCCCAUGGUGGCCAUCGCAUUCGUUUCUUUUCCCCGUAGGAGUACCUGACAGUACUGCCUAGUGCAUCUAGGCUAUCUGACCCCCUUGAAGCCCGCAGGACCCUUUGCCUCAAUAUGGAUCACUUUGCUUCUUCCCUGCUGGCUGCUCUUUGUACAGGCAGACUCAGAGCCUACGUAUUCCACACGCAUGUCAGACCUUUCACCUUCUUUUAACCUGGU